GAUUACUUUCCAAAAUGAGAAGGAAAAGUGUCCUCCCACUUGUUGGCCUCUUCCUUGUUCUUGGUUUCCAUCAUGUAAUCUCUGAAUCUCCUCUCCCAAAUAACGGGGAGUGUGGAUUCUCCAGUGACGACAAAGAUUUGUGCGCCUUAUAUUGCUAUAGGUCUAUGAAACUCGGUCUAGCUUAUAUUAUUGAGCUGAAAGAAAAAAUCAAAAUACUCGAGGAGAAUCAUUCAGAUAGUCAGCUAAGCAAAGCUGUUGAGAAUUUGCAAAGUAAAAUUGAUCAACAGAAUACACAGAUAGCUAAUAUUAACGAAUUCAUCACAAACUCAGUCAGGCAGAAAGAGGUGGAAGAGAAAGCCAAAUCUCAAACUGAGAUAGACAAUUUGAAGAGAAUAGUAGAACAAUUGAAAGAGAACUUUGAAAAUGUUCAACGUCUAGCAGCAAAAGAUAAGGAGGAAAGCUUAGCUGAACAAAGUAAUAGAAAUAGAGAAAUUGAGAAUCUAAAAGAGAACUUAGCAACCCAAAAAUCCGAUUUAGAUGAAGCAAUUAAAGACCUCGAGUCGAAGAAGAAGGAAUUUGAAGAAUAUCAGACUAAGGAAAAGAAUUCCAACAACAAAAUUGGAGAAUUAAAUUCUAAAAUUUCAUCGUUAGAGAAAAACAGUCAGAAAGAAAUGGAUGAGAAAGCCAAAUCUCAAACUGAGAUAGACAAUUUGAAGAGAAUAGUAGAACAAUUGAAAGAGAACUUUGAAAAUGUUCAACGUCUAGCAGCAAAAGAUAAGGAAGAAAGCUUAGCUGAACAAAGAAAUAGAGAAAUAGAAAAUCUAAAAGAGAAAUUAGCUACCCAAAAAUCAGAUUUAGUUAAAGCAUUUAAAGACCUCGAGUCGAAACACAACGAAUUGAAAGAAUAUCAGGCUAAGGAAAAGAAUUCUAGCAACAAAAUUGGAGAAUUAAAUUCUAAAAUGCUAUCAUUAAAGAAAAAGUUAGAAGAAUCUGAAACUCAGUUGACUGAUUCGAAUCAUUUAGUUAAAAAACAUUCCCUACAACUAAACCAAACCAAGGAAUAUUUAAUCGAGUGUCGGGAAAAACUACCAAAACCCAAUUGCAAAGGCAUCUCUUCGGGAAUUCAUGAAGUUGAAAUUCCCCGGAUUGUUCCGACUUCUGUUCUCUGCGAGGGAGAUAUAGAAGGUGGUGGGUGGAUAGUCAUUCAUAAACGAUUUGAUGGCAGCGUAGACUUUCGUAGAACUUGGUCUGAGUAUCGUAAUGGGUUCGGAAAUAAGGAGGGAGAAUUUUUCAUUGGUCUAGAUAAUUUGCAUCGUAUUACCAAUUCCCAAACCUAUGAACUUUAUGUCCAAUUGGGAUUUCACAAUGGAACUUUCCUAUUUGCUAGUUAUGAUCAUUUUAGAAUUGGCAACGAAACUACGAAAUAUAAGUUGGAGUCGUUGGGAGAAUUUAGAGGAACAGCUUACGAUGCUAUGAAGAUCAAUUUAAAUCAAGCAUUUUCCAGUUUUGAUCAAGAUAAUGCUCAAUUGAUAAAUGGUUAUUGUACUGAAUGGUAUGGAGCCUGGUGGCAUAAUGAUUGUGGCUUGAUCCACCUCAACGGAAAAUAUUUCAAUAGAGAAGACUACGAUUGUUCAAGUAUGAGCUGGUGGAACUGUAUGUCUCUCAAAUCUUUCCAGAUGCUCAUCCGACCAAAAUAAAGAUGGGACAUCUCAAAAUCAAGGAAAAUCCCUUAAACCAUAAAAAAAAUUGAUACUUCAGCAACAAAACAAGUUAUUUUCAAACAUAACUUCUGGUCCCAAUCUUGAGUGGAGAAUUUCCGUUUUCUGUUUUGUCUCAUUGUUAGAUGACAUUCGCUGUCUGCCUAAAAGAAUGUUUACUGUAGUUCAAAUACAAACAUAAUUUUAUUUUUUAAA